CCCCAUAGUCAAGUAUCAUAACAAUGAGAUCACACCUGUUAGGCAGUAACUGUAAAUCCCGCCCAUUUUCCCAUGUGUUCACGGAUUGUAGGCUUAUUGUGUAUCAGUCGGCAGAUGGUUCAGUGCUGGUAUUCGGAUGUGACACACAGAAAUGCAAAUGAAUAAGAUCUGCAAAAGAGAUUUACCAGGAACUCUUCCGUAAAAGAGGGAGGAUCAGGAUUUAAACUCUUCACGAGAUCAGCGCAGUCCGUUUCACUGAGGAACCAGCGGUUGAACCUGAAGCACCAGCGCCCAUUGAACAAACAUGAGCAUCCUUUACUACGGCCUGAGUAACAGCUCGAUUGACAACUGCACCGAUGUGGACGAAAAGGUGAAGCACCACUAUCUGCCCGUGUGUUACGGCACGAUCUUCAUCAUAGGCGUGGUGGGCAACAUCACCGCUCUGCUGGUCUACCUGGUUAAAGUUCGUCCCUGGAAGAGCAGCACCAUCAUCAUGGUGAACCUCGUCGUCACCGACCUCCUCUUCAUGAUCUGCUUGCCCUUCCUGACCUACUACUACAGCCAAUACGACUCGUGGAUGCUGGGCAUCAUUAUGUGUCGCUUCACGCGCUUCAUCUUCCACUUCAACCUCUACGGCAGCAUCCUCUUCCUCACCUGUCUAGCCAUCUUUCGCUACGUGGCGGUUGUGCAUCCGAUGCAUGCAAACAGCAUCAAGCAGAAGCGCUGGGGAACGCUGGCAUGCAUCCUGUGCUGGGCCGUGGCGGUCGCAGAAAUAAGUCCGAUUUUUAAUCAAAUUGAAAUGAAGCUGCAGGACAACAAAACCUACUGCUUGGAUCUUGCAAGCAACAACCCAGAAUUCAUGUGGCCCUAUAGUUGGGUGUUGACUGUGGUUGGAUAUCUGGUUCCUCUAGUCGUGGUCUGUCUUUGCUAUUGGCGCAUCAUGAAGGAACUAAAGAAGGGUCCUCAUAAGGAAAGCAAGAAACGGGUUCGAGCGAGGCGGCUCAUCGUGUUGAUUCUGACGUGCUUCAUUGUGUGCUUUUUACCUUUUCACGUGCUACGGGCUUUGAGGAUCUACACGAGACUCACUCCAGAAACCAACUGCAUGCUGGACCGCUGGGCUCACGCCGCCUAUAUCAUCUCGAGGCCGAUCGCUGCAGUCAAUGUCAUUUUAAACCUGCUGCUCUAUACGUUAUCAGGGGAUUGUUUUAAGCAGGCCUUCGUGGAAAUGUUUAGAUGUGAUAGGCUUGUGUCGAAAACUAAAGAUAUUGUUAAAGUGGCUGUGAUCAGCAAACCCACGACCAAGAUCACGCAUGAUCAAAGCAGCUGAGACUCACACUGGUAUUUGAAAUGUACAGUAAACAAUGAGCCAAAGUCAAAGGCUCUGUGAAACAGCCAACAUAUGAAGGAGUACUUCACCAUAAAAUGACUUUCUGUCAUCAUUUACUCAAGUUGUUCUAGACAUGUAUGACUGAAUGCAAAAAGAAGAUAUUGUGAAGAAGCAACAUUGGACCCUAUUCACUGGUUAUCGUUUACUAAUAUAUAUAUAUAUAUGUAUAUAUAUAUCAUAUUACUUGUUGCAAUUUUAUAAAAGCAAAAAGAUGCAAAUGCAUAUGUUGCAAUGCUUUUUCCAUUAUUAACGCACCAGGCUUAUAAUAUUACCUCAAUGUGCUCAGCUUCAAGUGGCUUUAUACAAUGUAUAUUAUUGUUGUGCCGAGGUCAUGGGUUCAAUUCCCGAGAAUGCAUGAAUGAACUGAAUGUACAUAUUGAAUGCAAUGUAAGUCACUUGGAAUAAAAGUGCCUUCCAAAUAAAUGUGACCCUGGAUUCUGGACCACAAAACCAAUCAUAAGGAUCACAUUUGAAAUUGAUUUUUAUACAUCCUCUGCUGAAUUAAUAAGAUUUCCAUUGAUGUAUGGUUUGUUAGGAUAGGACAGUAUUUGGCCAAGAGGGUACAAAAAAAAUAAAAAAAUAAAAAAAAUCAAUAUACUAAGAAAAUUGCCUUAAAAAUUGUCCAGAUGACCUCCUUAUCAAUGAUCUUUACUAAAUAUCCUAAUGAUUUUUGUCAUGAAAGAAAAAUUGAUAAUUUUGACCUAUACAGUGUAUUGAUGGCUAUUGCUAUAAAUAUAGCUGUGCUACUUAUGACUGCUUUUGCACUCCAGGGUCACAAAUGUGCCAUUUCAGAACAAGCAACUAGUCAAAAAUAAAUGGCCCUGAUGUAAACAAACAAUUCAAAGGUAUGUUCCAUGUACUUAUUUUAUUGCAUUGCUGUUGUACUGUACAUUAAUGGUCUCUGUGUUUGUGGCAGUCUUGACUUGAUGAUGGUGUUAUGUUCCUUUGUCAUACAAGAUUAACAGCAAUAAAAGUGAAUAAAAUUA